UUAAAAUCACAAAUUAAAAUGGUAUUACUACACCUAAAGAAUUGCCAAACUCUAUCACUUCAGAAAAAAAAAACAAACAGAAAUUUCCCCCAAAAUUUUCCGCAGUUCCUCAAAACGAAGUGUUAAUGUUUGCUUAACAUAUCUUGUGGGAUCUUAAGGCCCUGAGAAAUAUGAAAAAGGAUCCAGGUUAUGGGGCCCCAUCAACACCUACUGCGCGAUUACGUCGGCGCAAAGGUUCCACUGAGGCCUUUCCGGAAGUUGAUAAAUCUAAUGGCGACAAUCUGCUUGUUAAUGAUCGGAACAAGUACAAGUCGUUUUUGAUCCGGACAUACUCAACUGUUUGGAUGAUUGGAGGAUUCACCUUCGUAAUAUACAUGGGGCACCUGUAUAUCUGGGCAAUGGUGGUAGUUAUCCAGAUUUUCAUGGCCAAGGAGCUGUUCAAUUUACUUAGGAGAGCAUCUGAAGACAGGCGCCUUCCGGGAUUCAGGAUCUUAAAUUGGCACUUUUUCUUCACAGCGAUGUUAUUUGUGUACGGUCGCAUUCUCAGUCAGAGGCUUGUGAACACUGUUGCAUCAGACAAAGUUUUGUAUAAACUUGUGAGCAAAUUUAUCAAGUAUCACAUGGUUACGUGUUAUUUCUUGUAUAUUGCAGGCUUCGUGUGGUUCAUUCUUACACUGAAGAAGAAGAUGUACAAGUAUCAAUUCAGCCAAUUUGCAUGGACACAUAUGAUCCUGAUUGUGGUGUUCACUCAGUCGGCAUUUACCGUAGCAAAUAUCUUUGAAGGAAUUUUCUGGUUCCUUCUUCCAGCAUCGCUUAUCAUUGUCAACGAUGUAGCUGCUUAUAUUUUCGGAUUUUUCUUUGGGAAAACUCCUUUAAUCAAGCUAUCGCCAAAGAAAACAUGGGAGGGUUUCAUUGGAGCAUCUGUUGCUACUGUCAUUUCAGCCUUCUUCCUUGCUAAUGUAUUGGGCCACUUUCAAUGGUUGACCUGCCCAAGAAAGGAUUUAUCAUCUGGCUGGCUUCACUGUGAUCCUGGUACACUGUUUAGACCCGAGGAGUUCGCUCUGCCAGAGUGGUUUUCUGAAUGGUUUCCAUGGAAAGAGAUUUCCAUUUUGCCAGUGCAAUGGCAUGCUCUCUGCCUUGGUCUCUUUGCAUCGAUUAUAGCACCUUUUGGAGGGUUUUUCGCUAGCGGCUUCAAAAGGGCGUUCAAUAUCAAGGAUUUUGGUGACAGCAUUCCUGGUCACGGUGGGAUUACUGACAGAAUGGACUGCCAGAUGGUGAUGGCGGUUUUUGCGUACAUCUAUCACCAGUCAUUUGUUGUGCCACAGAACUUGACACUGGAGAUUAUUAUUGAUCAGAUAAUGAUGAACCUCAGCUAUGAGGAGCAACGAGAUUUGUACACACAACUUGGGCAGAUGAUAAUGGAGAGAGCGACCGGAGAAUCCUGAAGCCGUUAGCCGGUAUGUGGAGAUUUCUGAAUAUGAGUAAAAUUGACAUUUUGUCUUUUUUUUUCCUCUACCCUUUUUGCCUUUGUUGUACAGACAUUAGUAUAGUAUAGUCUUCAGAAAUUGUACUGCCAAAAUCUAUCUGCUUUCUCUGCGCCAAUGAAAAAAAUCAACCAAAAGAUGUACUUAACAUGAUACUUAUUAACAUGAUUCUUUUCUUA